CUUUAACGUUUUUAUAGAUUGUUACAUAUUGAUGAUAUAUCUCUAUUUGGAAGUUGUCAGUGUUCAGCACUGCUGCAGCACUGCUGCAGAUCAGCAUCCUAUUGCUUCACAUUGCUGGGCAAAUAGAAAUUUGGCACACUUACAUGUCAGUAUUUAUACUCUUGUGUAGCUUUGCAUUGAUUGUCAGCUCAGAUUGUCAGUAUUUACUUUCACUUCUACUUUCUGAUUUCUAUUCCAACACCUAUAGCUUUCUCUUCCUGUUCUCUCCAUAUCCAUGGGCCUGCCUUCAACCACUUUGUGCUCAAGUCUCAGUAUUCCUGUUGUUGAGUCUUCCAAAAUGCCGUAAAAAUUCAACCUGAAGAAGACACCUAACAAUUGAAAAAUUUCAGCCCAGCAUUUUGUCUACUGCAGUUAUAAGAAAGAGGAAACAGUAUUGUAAUGAAAAGGUUAACUUUGACUGCUGCUAUUAACUCCAUCUAUUAUGUAUAGUAAUUUUUAUUUGAAUUUUACCUCUACAAAAAGAGACUGUUCUGUUAAUUAACAAACUGUGGGAGAAGUAUAGGUGAUGAAGAUCACUUAUUGUAUGAAGUCAUAUGGUGUAAAGUGAAAAAUGCUACAAAGAGAGAUAAGUUUUUCUAUCAGGACCAGUUGUUCCCAAGAGUGCGUGGCUGGAGCCAUAUGAUCUUAUCAACACAUUUGAGAGCCCUACCCAAACACUGAGAGAGAUUUUGCUGCAGCAAUGACUGUCAUAGAAGAAAGUCGCCCUUUUGCUCAGCAGCUAUCCAAUGUCUACUUUACUAUACUUUCCCUUUUUUGUUUUAAACUUUUUGUGAAGAUCAGCCUUGCUAUACUUAGUCAUUUCUACAUUGUAAAAGGGAACCGAAAGGAAGCAGCAAGGAUAGCUGCUGAAUUUUAUGGAGUUCCUCAAGGACAAGGUUCUUGGGCAGAUCGCUCACCUCUGCAUGAGGCAGCCAGUCAAGGACGUCUUCUUUCUCUAAAGACUUUAUUGUCACAGGGCUACAACGUAGACACACUAACAAUUGACCAAGUUACUCCACUUCAUGAAGCGUGCCUGGGAGAUCAUGUUGGCUGUGCAAGAAUCCUUCUUGAAGCAGGAGCAAACGUAAACGCUACAACAAUUGACGGAGUGACACCUUUAUUUAAUGCAUGUUCAAGAGGCAGUGCAUCAUGUGCUGAGCUCUUGUUAGAGUAUGGUGCCAAAGCUCAGUGGGAGUCCUGUCUUCCUUCCCCAACUCAUGAGGCAGCCAGCAGAGGUCACAGUGAAUGUCUGGAGGUACUGAUAUCCUGGGGUAUAGAUGUGGACCAAGAUCUUCCUCAUUUAGGAACACCUCUGUAUGUAGCAUGUGUUUCGCAGCAGAUCCAUUGCAUUCGAAAGCUUCUCUACGCAGGGGCCAAUGUGCAGAAAGGAAAACAUUUGGAAACUCCACUACAUGCUGCUGCCCAGCAAUCUAGUACAGAGAUUGUAAACUUACUCCUUGAAUUUGGGGCAGACAUAAAUGCCAAAAAUACAGAUUUUGAGCGGCCUGUAGAUUUAGCUGCCCCAAGCAGUUUAGUGGAGAGACUGUUGCUCCUUCAUGAAGCUACACCGUCUUCUCUUUGCCAGCUCUGCCGACUACGUAUCCGAAAUUACAUAGGAAGAGCUAGACUGCAUCUUGUCCCACAACUCCAGUUGCCAACAAUAUUGAAGAAUUUCUUACAGUAUAGAUAACAUAGUAAUUAACCUUUAGAAACUUGAGUAACAAGUACUUUUUCUUCUUUCUGUAUAUUUUACAU